UACGGAAGCGCAUGUCAGCUGUCAAAGCAAACAGGCUGUCUGCAAAUCUGCUAACAAUCUAUUUUGUUACCGUUCAGAAACACAUUUGCGGCAACAUCGUCAGAUAUGGAUGGCAAGCGUUGGUUACCUCUGGAGGCCAAUCCAGAUGUAAUGAACCAAUUUCUAUGUCAGUUGGGCUUGCGUCCAAGCUGGCAGUUUGGGGAUGUUUAUGGGUUGGACCCAGAACUCCUCAGUAUGGUACCAAAACCAGUGUGUGCUGUUCUGCUCCUCUUCCCAGUGACGGAGAAGUAUGAAUCAUUCAGGUUGAAAGAGGAAGGAAGAAUCAAAGAAGAGGGGCAAGAGGUGUCUUCUGAUGUGUACUUCAUGAAGCAAACCAUUGGGAAUGCCUGCGGUACAAUCGGAUUAAUUCACGCCGUGGCAAACAACCAAGCCAGUCUGGAAUUCGAAGCAGAUUCUCCACUGAAGAAGUUUCUGCUGGAAUCCUCUAAAUUGAGCCCAGAAGAAAAGGCAGUCUUCCUAGAAAAAGAUGAGCAUAUGCGCGUUACCCACGAAUCAAGUGCACAGGAGGGUCAGAGUGAGACCCCAAGCAUAGAUGAUAAAGUAGACUUGCAUUUCAUAUCUUUUGUAAACGUUGGAGGACAACUAUGCGAACUAGAUGGCCGCAAGCCUUUCCCCAUCGUCCACGGAAAAACCUCCGAAGACACUUUCCUGGAGGAUGCCGCAAAGAUGUGCAAAGUGUUCAUGGCACGCGACCCCUUGGAGCUCCACUUCACGGUUAUUGCCCUCUCCAAAGCUUGAAGCCUGAACGCUUUCUUGUUUAUGACACUUCCCUUCCACACAGAAGAUUUCAGAAUUCAAUUCUACUGCCAAUCAUUCGCAAGUGCUGACCUUUUAAGAAAGAAAAGUUCAAUUUUUACAAAGUAAAGAACAGCCAAGAUACUGAAAAUAUAU